GACAAACCAACCAUCACAGACAACGUCUUAUCGUUUCAUUCACUAGCCACGGUGUGCCGUUCAGAUGCUUUCCAUUUGCACCGUCUAGCGUCUUUCGAAUUCCCCGAAGACGAACUUUGAUUUAGGCUUCUUCUAAGACUGGGGCUUAUGAGGAUGCACGCUGUCAAAUUCGGGCCACAAUAGAGUUCCAACCUAUUAACGCUCAUCAAUGCGACAUCGCCGUUGACGUACUUGUUGGUACCCGAGAUACCCUACUCUAGAGCCAGCCUUUGCGCAGCGACCUCCUUGCGCCGCUCAACAUGUCCUUUCGAGAUAAUGACCAGCGCCGGUACGGCCAUGUCCCCCCGGUACAAUACCCUGUUGCGAAUCGGUCUUCGCAAGACCAGGCAGCAUACCCGCACCGGCAGCCAAGCUUCAACAAUGGUGAUGAUUCUGGCGCUUUCGCCUCGACCGCUACUCGCCCAAGUUACCAGCCAACGUUGAAUACUGCAGUCGCAGGUCUCGGUAGUCGUGAUGAGCUGUUUCUAGCCAGUCCAAGUGAUCCUAACAGAUCCAACUAUGGCAAUUCAAGUGUCGCCAUGGCUGGAUACCAACAUCAGUAUCAGCCUCAGACGCCUCCUACGCCGUCGACGUACAAUCCUCAAGCCUUCGCUCGAUCUCAGUCAACCACAGUACCCUAUCUCCCGCACCCAUCACACAGGUGGCAGCAGCCAAAUGCGACGGCUGCUGCUCCGUAUAGUCCUACUACAGCAACGCCUAGCAGUUUUGCACCCGCUCCCUACAAUCCCGCCGCAUAUUCUGGCUCGGCAGUACCUCAGCGCCAGUCAACCUACGCCGGUUAUACCAACUACAAUAGCCAGUCUUAUGGUUCGCCGCCGUUGAACCAGUCACCCUAUUUCCAAGCCCAACCUACAUAUUCUUCCGGCGCCGCUCAGCAGAGGCAAUCAUCCACUACACCGACCACCUACGGUGCUAGUUAUGAGCAGACAACCUAUAGCUUGCCAUACUCGUCUGGCACAAGCAGCGCGGCUUCGAAUCAUACUACCAGUUAUGAUUCUACGCAGUUACAAUUUGGUGCGAGCUAUUCGACCGAUGCUAGGACCCCGCCGGCUACAUUUUAUUCUUCCGACUCAUCUACGUCUGACCAGGCGCCGUAUCCAACUCAUUCGCAGAUCCCCGUAGGUCCGAAUUACUCCGCUAGCGACCCGCAUUCGUUUUUGAAUCGUGCAUCGAGAUCGAACUCGGCGGUAUCACCUUUGCCAUCUCCUCCGGCGCAUUCGCAGCUAGUGACUGGUUUGACGCGGCAUCCGACGAACGCGCCAUUGCCGAGCCGGCCGGUCGAUGAUACAGAAGACCGGUAUGCUCGUAACGGAGCCCUAGCGUCCGAGAUAUCACCAGAAUAUUCCGCGCAGGAUAGUAUCAUACACGAUAUCGAAGCCGAGCUUGGGAGGAAUGGUUCACGGCCAACGGGGUUCGACCAACGUAACGGCGCUCUGCCCGACGGAGAUUUACAAAAUCUCCGGAGGCUGACGUCCAAUGCGAGCUAUCAUUCGACCGCGACGACGCUCACCAACCAGGAGGAACCCUCCGGGGUAAAUCGAUACUCUUCGAAUGCGUCGACUUUAAACAGAAAUCAUUCGACUAAUCCGUAUGCAUACGAAGACUAUGAUGGUGAUGAGAGCGACCCCGAGGGCGCAGCCGGGGCUUGGGCCCUACAGCAAGCUGAAGAGGACGAUCGCCGAUUUAGUACAGUUGGUGGACCGCUACCAUACUUCAGCCAACCAGAGGCUUCCGCACAACCUACUCUGGCAACCCAUAAAGAGGAGCCGAGCAGCGAUAGCGACUAUGCUGGGAUGGAUCUUGGACUCGCGGGCGGUGGCUACGCAGGAAACCUAACGUAUGACAACAAUCUUGGAUCCCCUCCGAUUUCUGACAUAACACCUGGGGAAAUUCAAGUCUUACCAAGUCGUAGCAACCACACAUCGCAAAGGAGCCAUGGAAGUAACAGAUAUCCAGCCUUCGAACAGGCUGACGUGGAUUAUGAGGGCACUGGCGGCUUACAGCAACCAACUGCGCAUCGUCUAAGUUUCGAUGAAGGAGACGAGCGUGUUUCUAUCCAUUCGAGGCAGAGCGGUAGCGAGUCUCCCAAAGACGACUACCCGGAUAUGUUCUACCACCCCGGCCUCUCCAAUAGACCUCUCCCGGCCAUUCCUGCCGGCUCGGACAGCAGUUCUAUGUUGUCGACCCAAUCACCGAGCGGACAGGGUCAGCAUGGACAUUCCCUCAGUGUAGAUUCACGCUCAUACUCUGGGCCGGACGCCCAAUAUGGCCAGAACGCGCAGCAGCUGCAAGUUGAAAGAUCUAUAUCGUUAUCUAGCCAUAGUACUUCCCCUCUGGUUCAGCCUCCGGGUAGAUCUAAGACCGAUGCUGCUGAGGAACGGAAUGCGCGGUUGAGGCACAUGAGGCAGCAACAACAAUUAGCAGCUCAGCAAGGAUUGCCGUACGAGGGUUACGAGACAGGGACAGCAUCAUCGAUAAAUUAUGAUGUAAUAACGUUACCUAGCGGCCGGCGACGAAAAUUCCAGCCAGAGAAAUUGACUGUAGUUGACGUUCGUUCCUGUGCGGAACCGUGGGCUUUGAGCGGUAUCGCUAAAUGGAUUCGCGAGAUGGCCGAUGGUGAACCCGACUUGAAGAGGAAGACUCUCGAAGAUGGCCUUGUCAGGCUGUUCUGCUUGAAGGUUCCUACGAUGAACGUUGCGGAUGCUGAGGCGCUUAGUAGCCAGGUUGCGGACUCGAUGUUAGAGGCUGGCAUUCUUGUUCCCGAAGAAGAGUGGCUCAAGUUUGGACCCGGUUCCAUCACUGGUGUGAUAUGGCAGCUGACCGGCUCUGGCUGCUACGCACCGAAAUUACACGAAUACGACGACGACGAAACUGGGCACGAGUUGUUCGCGCGUUGCUAUUCUCAUCAUUGCACUAGGACUCUGAAGAAAGCGAACUUGGACGACUUCAUGUCCAAUGACGUCAAAACAGUCGACUGGGCGACGUUCUACCACAUGACUAAGGAGAGCACCGAAGGCAAGGCUAAGAAGGAAGUCUCGCGGCAAAAUGUCCUUCACGAGAUCGUUACAUCGGAAGAAGUAUACAUGGAUCGCCUCGACGUUCUUCGCGUCUUGUAUCGAGACCGCCUCCUUCAGUCUCAACCUAGGAUCAUUGCUGAGGGUCGGAUCGAUAAGUUCGUUAGCAAUGUAUUUGGUAAGGUCGACGCAGUCCAGCAGGUUAACAUGGAUCAUUUGCUGGCCCAAUUGAAAUACCGACAAAAAGAACAGGGCCCCUGGAUCGUGGGCUUUAGCGACAUCUUCAGAGAAUGGGUUCGAAAGGCCAGGGGUGCUUACGUCGAUUACGCUUCCGCCUUCCCCUAUGCGCGGUAUCAGGUGAAGAGAGAAGCAGACAGAAAUUUCUUGUUCAGGCAAUUUCUUGACGAUAACCGAGCACAUCCUCGAUCGCAACGUCUCGACUGGACCAGCUAUCUGAAAGAUCCUAUCACACGUCUGCAGAGAUAUUCUCUUCUCCUAGAGACGGUACUGAAACAUAUGGUACAUGAUAGCGAAGAAAAGGCAAAUCUCAAGCGAGCUAUUGAAGAAGUCAAAUCGAUGACCCUCGAGUGCGAUGCGAAAGUCGAUGAAAUGCAAAAGAAGGUGACGAUGAUCGAACUAGAUCAGAUGCUUGUUCUCCGACCAGGCUUCCAUGCCGACCUUCACUUGGACCACCUUGGUCGAGAACUUAUCCUCCAGGGCGAUCUCCAGCGGAUGGGUUCGAAGGGCGUGCGGUGGGUAGAUACGCAUGCUCUAUUGUUCGAUCAUUACUUGAUCCUCGCCAAACUAGUUGUGUCAAGAGAUGGCAGGCAGGACAAGAAAUACGACGUAUCCAAAGAACCUAUUCCUAUGCCUUUGCUGUUCCUCGAAAGCAGUCAAGAUGACCCUAUCUCCAAGCAGAAGGGUAUCGCAACCCCGUUGACUAGAGCAGCAAAUCCGACCAUAGAUACCAAGCUUAACAAAGUAGUGUCGAACGGUACCGAACGACCCGGUUUAGAUCAUGCAGCUACCAGCUCAUCCGUCGGCUCGGCGGCGGUCACUAGAUUGGCUACUACUAAUUCGGCGGAUAGCGAGGGGAGAAUCCUCUAUCCUUUCCGUAUCAAGCAUCUAGGGCACGAAGUUUACACCCUAUUCGCCCCGUCAGCCCAAGCACGUCAGGACUGGUGCGACAGGAUUAUCGAGGCCAAGACGCGACACGCCAAGGCCUUGCAUGCUCAGAAUGCGGAACCGUUUAAAUUGCGCGUCAUGGCUGACAGCGCUUUUGCUUAUGACCCAGUAGCUGCCAUCGGCAAGUAUGUAGGAGGUGUGCACAUUCGUGGGACUCCCCUUGAUAGAGCCAUUCGGGAGGUGGAAAAAGCGUGCGGAUCAGGUCGCGGUCCUCCGCCGAUCUCUAGAGCCGGAGUUAACUGUGCUACCGGUUUCUCUGCGUUCGGCAAGAAUAUGGUCGCAGUUGGUACGGACAUGGGCGUUUGUGUAUCAGAGGCCAGUGAUCAAAGGGGCUGGAAUAAGACUGUUGCGUCGAGCCGGGUUACGCAGAUCGCGGUGCUCGAAGAAUUUUCCGUCGUCCUGGUAUUGUCCGAGAGAAAUCUUAUUUCUUAUCCUCUCGAUGUGGUGUCGCCCCCCUCUAACUUUCCAGCCCCCUCGAACGAUAACCCCCGCCGUUCUCCUCAACGCCUAGCUAAAGAUGUAUCAUUCUUCGCAACGGCCCGUAUGAAGGACCGGAUGCUAGUAUUUUACAAGAAGAAGGAAAAUCUGCACAGCACUUUCAAGGUGCUUGAGCCCGUUUUCCAAAAGGCAACGGAGAAGAAAUCUCGUCUAUUCGGUGGUAGCAGAAAGGCUGGAGUAGGGGUGACCGAGAGCUUCCGAGAUUACGACGAGUUCUUUUUCCCUACGGAAUGUUACUCGCUUAACAUUUUUCACACAUACAUCGCCGUCUCGACGGCCAGAGGCUUCGAGCUAUUGACACUAGACAAGAAAAUACCCAUGUCCAUACCCGAUGUGAGGCAGCCCGCGAUUGCUAAUAUUGCAAAUCGCAUCAAGGAACAGCGACCACUCGGCAUGUUCCGUCUGAACGACCAAGAGUUCCUUUUGACUUACGAAGACUGCGCUGUCUACGUGGAUAAAUAUGGCGACGUUAGCCGUAGCGUCAUCAUGGAAUACUCCGGAAAGCAGAAGAAGGCAAGGGGUGCGACAAUGUAUGGCCAAUACCUCUUGCUCUUCAACGAAGAUUAUGUAGAGGUGCGCAAUGCCGAGAACGGUCGGUUACGCCAGAUCAUCGCUGGAAGAGAUGUGAGGGUUCUCGAUUACGGUGUUCGAGGGCCCACGGGAGGCUUUUCGAGUGCAAAUGGACAAACCAUGAACCUCACUCCUGUCGAUAACGGACUCGACUCGAAGGGCACCGUCAAGAUCUGCAUGGCGCAUCCAGAAGUUGCAGGCCAACAGAUCGUCCUGGAGAUGCUGCUAAAUAGCGGACACAUGGAAAAAUAAGAGAUUACGAGUAGUACGCAUUAGGAACGAUCGAACGACGAUCAGUCAUCAUUACUUUCAAAUCGAUUACUUUAGAGGUCUCUAGGGCAAAGGAAAGGCUGCAUAUUUGUUUCUAAGGCACGUACCU